ACCAUCGUCACUGCGCGCCGAGAGAGAGAGAGAGAGAGAGAGCUUGCAGUCAUGGAAUCCACCGGCGAAGGAGGCGGCGGAGGAGGAGCGCUAGGGUUUACAGAGAUCGAGACAACAGCGGAGGCGUUGGGGCGAGAUGAGAUUGCCCACAUUGUCAAGGAAAUCCUUGGAUUCGUCCUCUACAUGCAUCGCCAGAUCCCAUCGGUUUUGCAGAAUCUCGAGAAGGAGUUCGAUGCCCUAAAAGAAGAACACAAGGAAGAGGAGGAGGAGAUGGUGGUGGGAUCUGAAGAAUUGAGAGGGGCUUGGAGGAGAAAGCAAAAUUGGAGGAAAAGAGAGGUGAAAAGAGGGAUAAAGAGGUUGGGGAAGCUGAUGAACAGUGUAUCGAGCUUGAUUUCAGGGUUCCGAGAAGCGAUUGAUAGAGUCCCGGAGAUUCAGAGCGUAGCGUUGGUUCUGGGAGGGAGUGUCCUGCGGCCUCGAUGCGUCUACGAAUUGGAAGUCUCGAGCGUGGGAUUUGAUUCUUGUGGACCUAGAGAUUCCAGCAAAACCAAACUCGCUCAAGCUCUUUCUCGAAAGGCAAUCAGAGCUUUGAUAUCAAAUGGAGCAGGCAGUUCUUCCUACUUAGGUCCUACUAAGUUGUAUCUAAUGGUUAAAUGUUCUUCAACAUUCAAUUUGCCGAUGCAUUUCCUACCAAAGCGUGAUUUCAAGUACCCGAAGAAGGUGGUACCAUUCAAACUGCAUAUUAAAUGUAAGACUAGUUCGAUUGAUUGUGACCAAAAUGAAAUAAUCUGGUUCCAAUGUAAACAUGCAAUCAAGGGAAUACCUUGCAAUGUUCCACCAGAAGGAUGAGAUUCUCAUGUGAUUUUCAACUUCACAAAAAGAUUUAACCUGGAUGUUGUAAAAGGCAUGGUCACAAUUUGAGAAUCAACAAGAUUGUGACAAAUUCCAAAAAUUAAAGAUUUAACCUAGAAGUUACAUGGAUGAUUUUUACUUGCUCAUGUUUUGCACUAAAUUGUGACAGUUUUGCGUUGCUAACAAAGUGCGGUGAUGUGUUAUGUAGUUUGUGCUCAUUAAUCAUGUACUUAAAGCUCAAUAUGAGAAGAAUAUGAACAGAUGAAUUGGAUUGGAUAUAAAUAAAUGAAAACAAGAAUCCAGUGUUUUAUUGAAAUGCAAAAAAUUGCAUCAAGAAACCUGUUCUAUCGUUCUUCUAUUGUUUUCUAACUUAAGCUUUUACUUUAUUUUCUCCCAAUCCAGACAAAUCUUAGACAUACAAAAUCACAAGUAAAAAACCCAACAGGGUGUUUGGAUAAAGAUUAAAGAUGGAUUGAAUCUAGGCAUGAAAAAGGCUUUAUUCCUUCCCAUAUUUGGGAGAGAAAUGCGGUGAGAAAUUGAAUUAAGGAGACUUUAAAAAAAUAUUGACAGUUUUAUCUUUAAUUCCACAUGAAUGAUAGACAUUGAUUACAACUCUAAACAAUAAAUACCACCCUCAAAAUGACAAAAUAACAGAAUGAAAAGAUGAAGAUUCAAAAUUCUAGAACUCACAAGCUAUAGAACGGGGUUAGGAGCCAAAGAUGAAAGAGGAACAUUGAUGAACCUCCAAUUUCAAGUUUUGGUUGUGGAUGAUAGAGAAGAGUAAAUAAAAAAGGGAUGUAAUAUGAGAAAGGCGCAAAAGUAAUUUUUCUAUACCCCUUAAUCCGAAUUAAGUUACUCCUAGGAUGGGGUGGAAGUAGUUUAAUCCGGCAAAAUUUUCAGGAUUAAAGAGGAUUUAGAGGAUUAAAUCACCCCUCAAUCCUCCAUCCAAAAAGGUCACAAAUGUAUAUAACAUGUCACGACACCAUGGAACACAUUUUAUUAUGCAACAACAUCAUCAAGAAAUUUAAAUCAUGCCAACACAUAAAUUCCUCAUUAAGGAACAAAUUUAUCGUAUGGGAAAUGAAAUAAUGCAUGCACAUGGAUUUGAGUUUGACCCAAGGGUACAUACGCACAAACUAAAUAAACCUAGGGGUACACACAAUUUUGAAAUUUCUAUGGCUACACAUGCAAUUUCAUGUUAUUUUGGGCAGUAUACAAGCGAAAUUUUCUAAUUUCUACCAAUAUCAAUAUAUAUGCAUCUUAUACUCAUCAUUCAAUGAAUACCUUUCCACAACUCAAGCCUACAAAAGGCCUAGGGAACACAACUCAAUAUUUGGACAAAGCACUUCUUUAUAGCAUUCUAGAUAGUAACAAUCCAGAUAGUAACAAUCUGAACAUGAGAGGCAUUUGGUACUAUAUUCGACAUUAAAAGAGCAUGAUACUUCCUUCUCUCAAUCCGACAAGAUUCAGGGGCAUCAUACUUACGUUUCCUUAUCUCAAUCCAACUCGAGCAUUUGAAGACUAUGUUCCUAAUCUCAAACAUAUAAGACCCACAACACUUUACUCAACAUUCAAAGAUCAUGUUUCCUCGACGCUAACCUAUGUGAUGUAAAACACCAAACCCAACAUUCAAAAAGAAUGUUUCCUCAUCUGAAGCCUCCAAGACUAAUGCCACUAUACUCAACAUUCAAAGAGUUUGCUUCCUCAUCUCAUUCCCACAAGACUUACAAACUAUACUACAUAUGCAAAGAGUAAAUCUCCUCAUCUCAAACCGAUAAGGCGAUAACACAUAUGGCACUAACUUUAACAUUCAAAUACAAAACCUAAAAGACCAACAGCACCAGCCACAUUUUGAGAGUUUGCUUCCUCAUCUCAAAACAACAAAGACUUUGAUUGCUAGCAAAACCACAUACCAAUUCUCAACCGACCGGUUCAAUGAAUGAUUGAUAGUCCUUUUGGUUCUUCUCAAGAUUGAAACCUAUCUUAUAACAAAGCUCAAAUUUAUCAAUUUCCUGCCUUAUAUUCAAAGCAAUGAGGAAAAAUUAUCACAGUUGAGAAAUUAUCAAUUCCUAUACAAGUGACACUUA